GCGCUGUGUAUAGUCCGCGUUGUACCGUCACCGGGACCGGGACCGGACAGACUAGUGUGUGUGUGUGUGUGAGUGUUACCGCGGCUGCUCGGCGUGUUUUCUUUUUGUUUUUCUCGCUUCUAUAAAAAUGGGAUUCUGACAUCAGCCGGGCUGCGGGCGCCGCCGGCUCCUCCUGACCGGAAAAUGAAGCGUCUCUGUCGGAGGCUGGCGGUGGCCGUGGCGGUGCUGGUGUGGCUGGGAGCGCUGGUUUACCUGCUGGUGCUGAGCCGGAGGAAGCUACCGGAGCUCGGUACCGGGGCAGUAGCGGGAGUAGCGGGAGGAGGAGAAGCGUACAACCAGAUUUCGGAUGCAGAGUGGGAGGACAUGCUGGAGGGUUUCGAUGAGAGGAGUUACCUGAACGCCCGACGCUGGAAGCCCGGUGACGACCCGUACACCCUGUAUGCCUUCAACCAGAGAGAGAGUGAACGCAUCCCCAGCAACAGAGCUCUGAGAGACACCAGACACUACAGGUGUACCAUCCUUCACUACGACUCUGAUCUUCCUCCCACCUCCAUCAUCAUCACCUUCCACAACGAGGCCAGAUCCACCUUGCUUCGCACCAUACGGAGUGUUUUGAACCGAACUCCUAUUCACCUCAUCUACGAGAUCAUUCUGGUGGACGACUUCAGCGACAAUGAAACCGACUGCCAGCUUCUCACCAAACUGCCCAAAGUCAAAUGUCUUCGUAACAAGAAAAGAGAAGGUCUGAUCAGAUCCAGAGUGCGAGGGGCCGAUGCUGCGAGGGCCGGAGUCCUCACCUUCCUGGACAGCCACUGUGAGGUCAACAAGGACUGGCUGCCCCCCCUCCUGCAGAGGAUCAAACAGGACCCAACCCGUGUGGUCAGCCCCGUCAUCGACAUCAUCAACAUGGACACAUUUGCCUACGUGGCGGCCUCUGCUGAUCUUCGUGGAGGUUUUGAUUGGAGUCUCCAUUUUAAGUGGGAGCAGCUGUCACCAGAGCAGAGAGCUCGCCGGACUGACCCGACCCAGCCUAUCAAGACUCCCAUCAUUGCAGGCGGGCUCUUUGUGAUUGACAGGUCCUGGUUCAAUCACCUCGGCAAAUAUGACACCGCCAUGGACAUCUGGGGCGGGGAGAACUUUGAGAUCUCCUUCCGGGUGUGGCAGUGUGGUGGCAGUCUGGAGAUCCUACCCUGCAGCAGAGUGGGUCACGUCUUCAGGAAGAAACACCCGUACGUCUUCCCUGAGGGCAACGCCAACACCUACAUCAAGAACACACGUCGGACAGCUGAGGUGUGGAUGGACGACUUCCGCUUGUUCUACUACUCCGCUCGUCCUGCAGCAAGAGGAAAAUCUUACGGAGAUAUCCGAGGCAGAGUGGAGCUACGCAAGAAGCUCAAGUGCAAAUCCUUCAAGUGGUACUUGGACAACGUCUAUCCAGAGCUCAAGGUGCCAGACGACUCUGACUCUCAGUCUGGGGUGAUCAAACAGAGGCAGAACUGUCUGGAGUAUCGCAAAGUGGAGGGCCAGGAGCAGCCUGUGCUCACUCUGGCUCCCUGCAUAGGAACAGAGGGAGUCCCCGCCAUCAACCAGGAGUGGGUUUACACUCACGGGCAGCAGAUCCGUCAGCAGCAGCAUUGUUUGUCUCUGUCCACCACCUUCCCUGCCUCCCAGGUCCUGAUGCUGCCCUGCAACAUGGCUGACGGCAAGCAGCGGUGGCAGAAGUCGGGGACUCACUUGGAGCACCUCGUCUCUCGGUUCUGCUUGGACUCUGAGAUGGCUCUGGACGGGAUGGACUCUUCUCGGAUGCUGGUCAUCAGUCCCUGUGAACUGAGCGCCUACACACAGAGAUGGGAGGUGCCCUUCUCCUGACCCCUAACCCUGUGACCUUUCACCUCCGAAAACCCACCCCGCCACCUCAUUCACCGCCUCAAAGACCUGAGCAGGGACAGCUGCUCGGACAGAGCGAAGAUGCAUGAGCACGUCAUGUCAAGGUGCUGCGCUGAGGGUCGCUGAAGGGAAGGAUGAGACUUAACAGAGAAUUUAAUGUCUCUUCACUGUUGAUUAUAAACGGAAAGUGUUAGCUUAUAUUUCAGGUCUAAUCCUGAUGUUAUUGAAGAUGUGUGCUGGAUGAAGAAGAUAUUGCUCAAAGACACAUAUGAAAUGUGUUUGAUGCUGUUCUGAGGUUUGUGGAAGAGUAAAAAACCAAGUGCACCUUAAAUCCCUGACCUGUCAAAGAUUUGAGUUGGACAGAAACUUUGCUUGAGGAAAAAUAAUAUCUGAGUAUGUGUCUUAUAAUCUUUUGCAUUGGAAUUGUCUGUUUUUUUGAGUGUGUUGAAGAAUCUGGGAGUAAAAACCAAGCACAACACAUUUAUACUGUAGUUACUUGGUCUGAUACUUGUCACUGUCUUUACUAUCAACCUUCAGAUAGGAUUGUGAGACCUGACCAGGAUCUCAACAGAGUAAAAUCUGACAAAGAUUGGUUUUGGUUUGGAUUUUUUUUCCUAAAGCAUGAAGAGAAUCUGUUAUGUUAUUAACUAAAAACUACAAAAAUUACAACUACAAGCACGUCGUCUCAGCACAGAAUCCACACAACUUCAUAGAAGUCAACACACACAGUCCUGUUAGCUGAUUCAAACCCAGAAUCACCUCAAAUGUGGAACCUGACAGAACCUGAUUGCGUUAAAUUUCCCUCAUAAUUUCAUAAUCCUGCAGACUCCCCUGAUUGAUUUGCACCAAUAGAGAUUAAAAUCUGGCUAGUUUGUAUUUCCCUCUUAAAUUUAGGCCUGUCACAAUAAUUAUCGACUUAUCGUAAUUAUCAGCGUCAACAUGUCUUUAUAUGGACUUAUCAUAUGAUACAUGGACAUGACCUUGAUCAUUUUUUUGACCUCAAUAUUGCCACAUUUCAUAUUAGCAGCUAAGAGACUAUUAAAGUCCUCCAUUCUUCCCUGUGCACGUCCUGAGUGGAGACUGCAGAAGAAUUAAAGGUAAAUAACUCUGUCCCCAACUAAAUUUAUAAUGGCAGUCUGUGUUUUAACACAAGUGUAGCACCCACUCUCCAACCCCUCUUGCAUUAUUAUACUAUUAUAUUAUCAUUAUAUCAGUGGCAAUAAUAUCGUUUAUUGCGAUUAUUUCUGAGACAAUAUAUCGUCCAAUAAAAGUAGUUAUCGUGACAGGCCUACUUAAAUUUUCAUUUAUUCAAAUGUGCAUUAAGAGAAUAUCAUUUCUUUAAAAAGUGAAAAGUUGCUUUUUUGGCUGAAUGUGUGCAGCCUCAGUUUUCUCAUAAAAUCUUUGCAGCUGUCAUUGGUCGUGUCAGCAGUUUGAUUGAAGAAGAGGAGAAAAGAAAGAGCAAUGAGGUAAAAGGAAAGAUACAAAAGAGGGUAAAAGACUAAAGGAGAACAACAAAGCUUCAGUCGAGCAAACGCUGCUGAAAAGACGUGACGAAAAUACUUAAAUUGGAAAGUAAUCAGUGACACAGACAGUAAAGGGCUACAGGUGUAUAUAAAGACAAACAGGUAGAGAGAAGAUUCAUGUCUGCUGUCAGAGGUUCUGCUUUGUGUUCUGUGUGCUUCACUCUGCUGUCGUGCAUGUGAACAUUUUUCUACACAAGUUAAAGCGUGUUUAUUUUAAUACAGCUUACAGUCACUUUAAACACUAAUCCAUCAUUAUUCUUCCAUGUUCACAUGAGGAGGAUUUACUAAAGUGAUUAUGCUGUGAGAGCAGGUUUUAUUUUCAAGGUAAGUGUCCACAGAGGUUUGUCGGUCACAUACCUGAGAUAGUUGUUAUUUUUGAGCUCACUCACAUGACGUAGGGAGGGGAGGAGGGGAGGGGGGGUCGUUGUUGUUGACGGACAAACCGCAGCUGUUGUGACCCUUCAGUCGUGUGACCGUCUUUUUGGUUUUUCAUUUCAAAUUCCAGCAGAGUCAACACUCAGCUGAAGAGAACUACACACCUACAAAAAUAAUGAGUCUAAAUAUCUGCUUCAACAUUGAGAGACUCAUCAGUUUUUCUCACGUGAGGGAUUUUAAAAGGAGCUUCUCUGCGUCUUGUCCCACUUUCCUGUGUUUGACACCAUCGACUGCAUCAUUUUGAUAUCCUGUUUGACUCCAGAAUAAAAGUUUUCU